CCCGGCUACGAGCCACCACCAAUCGCAGUAUGGGCUAAUCCCAACACAUUCAACAGUCUACUGGUUCAUCCCAAGAUGCUACUUGAUCACUCUCCCAUUAUGGUUGCCACUGCGAUAGAACGUCUCUAUAACGCCAUAAUUCAUCCCGAGAAGAUUUAUCAUGAUGUCCACACUGAAACCUACCACAAGAAAAACAAACCUGUUCCAGGCAUUGAAAGAAAACUCACAGAAAAUGACAAUGAGAAAUACUGCCGUAUUAGAAAAUUCAAGUAG